AUGAGUAGUAAUUUAUUCACUUAACCAAACAACUUAUAAGAAUAAUCUUAAGAUAACUAAGACUUAAAGAAGCGUAAAGAAGAUCAUGCAAUCGAAAUUCGUAAUACAAAAAGAUAAGAAGUAUUAAAAAAACACCGUUAACCUCAACAAUAAACCAACUAGCAAGAAUAACUAAAAUAAAGCAUUCCAUAAUAUGGUUAAAACUUAGCAAUAAACAGUGUAGAUCCAACCCUCCGUGAAAGCUUAGACCAUAUAUACUCUAUGCAAUUUAAAAAUGAAUAAUUUUAAUAAUUAAUAAUAUGCUUAAACAAUUAAGACAUUAUUUAAUAGCACUAAGGUUGCAUAGGUUUACGAAAACUUCUUUCUGUAGAGGAUUAACCACCAAUCCAAAUGGCAAUUGAUUCAAACUGUGUUCCUCGUUUUAUUGAAUUCAUAAAGUAAAAUUAAUACCCAAUUUUAACUUUAGAAGCUGCUUGGUGUUUAACAAAUAUAGCUUCAGGUACAACCCAUCAAACCUAAUCAAUUAUUGAUAAAGGAGCUAUUCCAUUAUUUUGCCGUCUUCUUAAUUCUCUGUAUACUGACAUUAGCGAAUAAGCAAUAUGGGCAAUUGGAAAUAUUUCUGGUGAUUGUAACACUUAUAGAGACAUGAUAUUGAAGUGUGAUGGCUUAAAUCCUUUAGUAAAAAUUCUUAUGAAUACAACGGAUAAAAAAACUAUUAAGCAUGGUUCUUGGGCUUUAAGUAAUUUAUGUAGAGGAAGACCUUUACCCCAAUACGAAUUAGUGAAAAAUGCUAUAGAACCAAUUUGUAAAGUUUUACAAUCUGAAACUGACACUGAAGUACUUACUGAUUGUGCUUGGGCUAUCAGUUAUUUAUCUGAUGGAAAUGAAGAGAGAAUUUAAAGAGUCAUCGAUACUGGAGCUGUUUCUGGUUUGGUAAGACUUAUUGGACAUUAACUUUUAUCGAUAUUAAUUCCCUGUUUGAGAACUUUAGGAAAUAUUUGCACUGGAAAUGAUGAAUAGACUGAUAUUGUUUUGAAUCAUGGGGCUUUGCCAUAAUUGUUCUAACUCAUAAAUCAUGAAAAAAAAGCAGUAAGAAGAGAAGCUUGUUGGGUUUUGAGUAAUAUUGCGGCAGGAAAUAGCGAUUAAAUUGCUUAAAUUGUUAGAAAUGUUAGCUAUGUAGAAUUACUAUUUACUAAAAUUCAAAAUGAACCUGUUGAAAUUUCUAGAGAAGCAUCCUGGGUUAUUUCUAACUGUACUUCUUAAGGAUAUCCUGAAGAUAUAAGAAGACUUGUUGAAUUAGGAGUACUUAAAGUAUUCAUAAAUUUACUUUAAACAUCUUAAGAUUCCAAAUAACUAGCAGUUGUUCUUGAAUCUCUUAAUCAUAUAUUGGCUCAAGGUGAAACCACUUUCAAAAUUGGAAAUGAUAAUCCUUUUUCUUUGUAAUUAGAAGCAUUAGGUGCACUUGAUACUAUUGAAGAACUUUAACAACAUCCUGAUAAUGAUGUUUAUGUUAAAUCUAUUAGAAUUUUAGAAAAAUAUUAUGAAUUAGAAAAUUAAAUUGAGUAAGAGUUUUGAAUUUUAAUUUUAAUAUAUGUAUUUGUUUUUUUAAAUAUAAUAUUUUUAUUAUAAUAUAAUUUUUUAACGAGUUU